CUGGUUGAAGGAUGUAGAGUGAAGCCGGCGGAAGCGGGUGAACUGUCUUGUGCAGCUGGACGUGGCAAAGGAAUGCAUGGUUCUCCCGACGACCCCUCCCCCGCUCCCCGAUGGAACGUAAGCGGAAGCUGAUAGGCGACCCAUUCAACGUAAAGAAACCACGAGAGGAACGCAGAGGACGUGCAGAUUCAAACGCGUAUCCCUCUCCGUAUCCAGAUUUCACGGAGGACGCCCGAGGAGCCGUCUCUUACCUCUGCGCUCUUUUCCCGCGGAAGCUUUUUAAUGACGCUCUUCCUCCGAUAUUCCUGAGACAUCAGCUGUACAGCCUGAUAGAAGACCGAACGAAAGCGGACAGACUCGUGAGUUCCCUCCAGCAGAACGGAGAGCUAUGCCUCAUCCAGCCGGGGUUUGAUCCGGACGCGUUCCUGGUGGUGAUGGCAGAGGAUUUGCGGAGAGCGGCUCUCGCGAGUUGUGAUGGGAACGCCAGGGCCCCCAUCGUCAAUAAGUUUCUGGAAUCCGGUCUCUUUUCCUCUUCCAAAAUCAGCUACGGGAGAGAGGAGGUGAUGCAGAAGCACCGGUUCUCCGACAGAGAAAUUACGCAGCUGGUCCGUGCCGGGCUCCUGACGGUCAGAGAUGCUGGAAGCUGGUGGCUAUCGUUACCCGGCGCAGGGAAAUUCGUCACGCACUUUAUAAAAGGACGGAAAGCCCUCCUUUCUCAGAUCCGCAGAUCUCGCUAUAAAGAAGUCCUCCUCACGGAUCUCUCGACCCGCAGACCCCCGCCGUCGCUGCGCUUGGGCAUGGAGUAUCACAUCCACGACAUCAUAGGCGCAGGCCUUGUUGAUUGUGUUCCCACCGCCUCUGGGACUCUCCUCCGAUUGUCUGAGACAUGAGAGAUCUGCCAAAAAGAAACGGAACUCUGCCGCUCUGAAGGGACCCCCGUAGGACGUCCUCCGUCUUGUUUAUGCGCCACUUUUUAUCGCCUAACCAUUUCUUCCAUCGUUUUUUCUUUUUUUUUUUUUCUUACAUCAUUCUUUUUCAAAACAUGUCAUUUGU